GCUUUCCCCCUCUUAAUGGGCUGCUUUCUCCAUCCUUCCUACCAGAUCAAGGACUUGAAGCUGAAAGUGCUUGACCUCCGGGGAAAGUUCAAACGCCCACCUCUGCGUCGGGUCCGUGUCUCUGCAGAUGCCAUGCUUCGGGCACUGCUGGGCUCAAAGCACAAGGUGUCCAUGGACCUGCGGGCCAACCUCAAGUCUGUGAAGAAGGAGGACACAGAGAAGGAACGGCCCGUGGAGGUGGGUGACUGGCGUAAGAACGUGGAGGCCAUGUCUGGCAUGGAGGGCCGGAAGAAGAUGUUUGAUGCAGCCAAGUCUCCAACCAGCCAGUAGAAGGUACCAAGGUUGCUUUAGCAAGCUUUGCAGGAUCGCCUUGUCACCUGUAACGCUCCAUCUCUUUCACCUUCUGCUCCUUGCACAUCCUCUACCCCCAUCCCAGUCCCCAGGGCCUCUCCUCAGAGCUGUGCCACCUGAAGCUGUGGUCGGAGACCUCUCCAGCCUUGUCAUAGUCCUACCACUCCCAGCUCUUCAGCUCAGCCUGGCCUGGCCUCAGGCCAGCAUCAGAACUGGGACCCGAAUCCAUGCCAAAGGGAGAAGAAAAAUGGGAAUGUCCCAGGAGCAAGGAAGUAAAAACCACCAGUCCAGGCCACACCCAGGGCUCCUUGGCUCAUGUUUAGGCACUGAGGAAUCCUGAGUCACUUGUCCCUCACUCUUACCUGCCUCAAGCCCCAAAGGUCUCACCUUGCUCUUGAAGGGCUGAUGUAAAUCCUGUAACUCUCCCUGCUAUCUCCUGCUUUCCCUUCUUUUAUGUACACGAGGUGUGACCUCAGUGAGUUGUGUGCUUUCUAUUAAAUGUUGCAGCUUCUUGGUCA